CGCCGCUGGUGAGUGCGCAUGUGUUGGUGUGGUGUCGGGGGCUGAGGCUGAGACAGAGACAUUCACCUGCUCCAGGAGCGCGGCUCUCGAGCUCCGCCAGACUGACAGCUGGCACCGAGGGUAUCUGUCUCUGUCUGCACAGGAUACACUCAGACAGACACCCACUGACAGCGCAAAAUACUCGCAGCGAAAGUGCACGAGAAACUUCCGGAGACGAAAGCGGGGGGGGGAAAAAUAAAAAAAAAGUUUUUAUUCCCCCCACCGUCAAACAGAGCAUCCAGUUUAUCGUGAUCCGCAGCGAGAAACACUGUAAACAGACGGUAACAUGGGAGCGUCCAGCACUGGAACCUUGCAUCUGAUUUUGUUUCUCCUGCUGGGGUUGGGGAUGCGAGCACAAGCAACGACCACAGUGACUGCAAUGAUUGGAGAUACCGUAACACUACCUUGUGAGGCGAAACUAUUUGGUGAUUUGAACUUGGUGUCGUGGAGAGUGAGAUUAACUGAUACAUCUAAUGAGCAACUACUUUCAUACUCACCAUCAAACAGCAAAACAGAAAUGAAAAAUAUACCUGAAUACAAGGACAGGAUACUUUUGAAUAAAAAUUUCUUCUUAAAUAUCACUGAUGUUGGAAUUAAGGAUGAAAGAGUGUUUUCCUGCUUUACAUUGGUGGGUUCAGACAUAGAUGAAGUUCCAGUCGCCCUCAAAGUUUACAAAGCACCAUUGACUCCUGAAAUAAUGGAUCCGGCUGCAUUCCUAGAUGAAGGGGUACUGCAGAAGGUUGGUGUGUGUGUUGUGAACAAUACCUACCCAAUGCCCAAUGUUACGUGGCAGCACAAUGAUGAUAAUGUGGACCUCAACAGCCCAGAUGUAAAUGUUACCAAUAAUGUAGUUACUGAUGAAAAUGGUUUUUAUGAAGUGCAAUCUUCUCUGAGUUACUCGUCAAGAAGGGAGGAGGGAAAAGUUUCUUUUAUCUGUACGGCAAUUUACUUUGAAGGCCUGAACAAGACAUCAUCCAAAACAUCUUCACCAGUCACUUUGUUGAUCCACUACAAAUCUUCAAAGGUUUCAUUGCAAGUGACCCCAGCACAAGACGUCGAAGAAGGAACAAAUGUUACAAUAUCGUGCUCAGGUGAUGGGUAUCCUCGUCCAGAAAACUUCAACUUCAUGAAAAGUGGAGAGGAGAACGUUGUGGUCACAGAUCAUUAUGAACUAAUUAAUGUGACACAGGAGGAUACCGGUGAAUACACGUGUUCAGAGCAAGAUAACCCGAACAUAAAGGGUGGUGUUAAUGUCACUGUGCACUACUUAACCUUGACUAUGAAUCCUAAUAAAAAUAUCUCUAAGAUGGUUGGAGAGAACAUAACCCUGGAUUGCCUUGCUUCCUCUUCUGGAACUGUGGAUGUUACCCUGAUGAAAAAAAAUAAGGUUUACCAAACUCCGCUCAGGUUGGAUUCACUACAGUAUCUGCAUUCUGGCACUUACACCUGCUCAGCCAGGCUACGGGAAGUAAAGGAAAUGAAGAGAGAGAAAGCAAUAAUGAUACGGGUGGAAGGAAAGCCCAAGAUAACUAAAUUGACAAAGAAGAUUGUGAACAAUACGAAAGUGAUCACCUGUGUUGUGGAGGGAUUCCCCAAGCCAGUUGUACAAUGGAGCAUCAAUGGAACGGCUCCCAGAGAGGAAUCAGUAAAGGAUAAAAAAUCACAGUGGAACCACAAGAUAACUGUACAACCUUCAGAGAACAUUACCGUAACAUGCAUAGCCACAAAUGCUCAUGGACAGGAUCAAGAUACAGUGAAUCUAACUGCCAUGAGGUUCAAGGAACCAGAGGAUGAAACUCUUGAGCAAGACCCUGCAGACCCAACAGAUGAGAAGAGUGACAGCAAAACUGACCAGGCCAAAGUGAUAGUGGGAGUCAUUGUUGGCCUCCUUAUAGCUGCAGUCAUCGCUGGUGUGAUUUAUUGGUUGUACAAAAAGAAAAGCCCAACAUCAAAGACCAAAACCAAUGAACGAGGCACUGCUGAUGAGAUCAAGAAGAUAAAUAAGGGAGAUAACAAUCACACAUCAGGUUCCUCCGCUGUAUAACCACAUCUCAACAAGUCAGGGAUACAAAACAUCUACUCAGAUACAGAUUGGCCAAGGACGUGAUUGACAUUGAAAUAAUGAAUUGUAAGAUAUGCUGAAAUCAACAGCGACUUGAAAUUGCCAUGCUUCUCCACCGCUGGCAAUGCCUUAUCUCCUAAGAUACGGAAAUACAGAUAUCUUCAGCUGAAUAUCCAAAUAUUUUUAAUGAAACACAUUGUUUGUUAAUCUUUGUGGGCUGAAACAGCAUUUUACUUGAGCAGUUGUACAUAAGGGGAAAUUAUCUCCUCACACUGAUAACGCAAAUAUGCAGUAACUUUUCAUUGGAUUCAACACAUACAGCACAUGACUAAUAUUAGAAGAGGUGACCAAGAUAUUACUCUCAAUUAAGGGACUCAGUCCUUUAAGGAAUAAUAAAGUGCCCCAGUGUAACAAAUGAGGGGUUAAGAUAUUUUAAGAAGUGUUUCAUUGUUUUGAAUAUCUGCACUGAUGUGUUUGCUUUAAAUGUUAAUAUAAUUUUCCAGGGGGUGGUGAAUACUUUCAUGUGCCAUUUCCUUAUGGCAAUGGUUUAUGGGUUAAUGUGGAUCAUACUGCAAAUGUAUUUUUUUUAAAUAUUAGCUUCAGGUUAAUUUCCAUGGCAAUUCUGGUUAGUAAGAGUUGGUACAAAGCAAAGAUUUCAUUGGCUGAGUUGAUGUUAAACCAUUGUUAGACUUCAGUGGAACUUCCGUUAUCUUCCACGAUGGAGAAAAUCCCAGAUAUGACUUUUAGUUUUAGACCCACGUUACAGCAGUUGCCUUGAAAGGAAAGGAAGUAAAAUAUAUUGAGUUGAAUCUUAUGGGGUCCUGGACGAUGUGGGCUUUGGUAAGAAAUUGGGGAGAAUUGUAAUACAAGUCCACUGAGACCCUUCUUAAUGCUGGAACAUACAACUAAGUUUUGGCUUAGUUGAUCUUUGACCCUUGAGUUUUGUUGCUGAGAUCUCAUUGACCCAGAUGACCACCUUAGAUCAGGCUUGAAAGGUCUAAUAGUGAGGCAUCCACUGCUGGUCUUGGGGAAGAGGACAUCUUUCCUCUGUAUCAUUUAUCAAAUAGGUUCUUAUCUGCAAAGUGAAGCAGAGUUACAUGUAUCUGAAACAUCUGCGACAAAUGUCAAGGUUGCACAACCAUGGAUUAAAGGUCCUCAGCUAGGCACACAACUGUCUUUAAAAGAUGACAUGGGUAGCAGGGAUGUAGGUCUAGGUUGAAAAAUCUUGGCUUUGAUGAGCUCUUCUAGAGAGAGAGAGUGCACAUGGUAGAACUGGGCUACUCUGAUGUGAGGAGCAACAGAGGGGUGGCAUAGGUAGUUAAUGAGGCAAGUGUGGGACAACAGCAUGAGAACACUUGACAAAAUUGACAUUUCAGCCCAUUUAAUUCAGUCAUUCUGUAUAGCAGCAUUUAUAAUGGGAGGCAAUUGAACUUAGGAUUUUUGGGAGAUAAAAAAGUUACAUCAUACAAAGCUUUAUCCUCCAAAUAUUCUGAUGGAUGGUCAAAAGAUUUUUUCACAGAUAAUGAAGGUUCCACUGUCCCUUAUAAUUGCUCACAUAGAUUUACAUUUUAUUAAUCCUUGCUGCUAGUUUCACCAACUAGUUGCACUGCUUAAAGCACUCUUUGAUAGCAAAUUGAAAUUUGCUGGAACAUGUUGGUUUUUAUAGUGAUGCAUGCUCUCAAUAUGUUGGUUUUAAAAAGAAAGUACACUCUUACAUUUUCAUCUGUUGUUCCUCAAUAAUACUGGAAUUAAGGAGGAAGUAAUGUAUGUUUAUAAUUGCAUCUUUUUGUAUGAUCUUAAAUGAGGCAUCCAUAGAUAACAUCCUUAAAUGAGUGUGAGAGAGCAGUUGGUAUCCAAAAAAUUUUGAAAAGUAUUAGAAACCAAAAAUAAAUGAUAAAUAGGAAUCAAACUAUUUUGUUUACAAACUCUUGAAGAGUUUUGCAGAGCAAAUCAGCAAUUUGGAUUAUAAUAUUUGUAUAUUAUUUAGACUGAGCAAAAGUCAACUCUGUUACAUGUAGCAUCAAAGAAUGCUUUUACAAUGUUGAUGCACACUGACUGGAUUCCCACAUGGAUUUCACCAGGUUAAUUUUUUCUUUUAAUUUUUCAUUUUCAAAGUUGAAGCUAAUUAUUGAUCGAUAUUUAAUUUGCCAUAAAUGUCUAGACAUUGUGGGAUGAUUUUGAAUACACAAGAUGUUUGUGAGAUAAAUAUGCUAAAAUUGUGCACGUUUGAGGAAUCUACUCACUUAAUUUUUGUGGUGACCUGAUACAUGGGCUACUCUUUUCUUUGCAAACUACAAUCUCCAUUUCUGUGAUGCCCCUUAUUUCAUUAGGUUUUCCAAAUAUAUGCACUAGAUGUUUGUAACACAUUCGGAGGUUGUGAACCCCUGGAAAUUCACUAAACCUGCCAGAAUAUUUACAUAUCACUUGUAUGUUAGCAGUACAGGCAGUUAACUAAAUUUGGGUCAUUUAAAAUGACAUUUCGACGUUUUCUGUUAUGGAGGUGAAGCAUAGUACGUGGACUUAAUGGUUUUGCAAAGACUUGUUAUUCCUCAACAACUGAAUCUCAAAUACACAAAAGUAAAUAAUAAUGCUCUCUAAUCCUACAGAUCAUCAUAGCCUCACUUAGACAUUAGCAAAGAUUGGCAGUUGCAUGGAAAGAUAGAUGGAACUAUACAAAUAUCAAUAUUGAUCCCAUUGUAAAAACUGGAUUUAACUUAUUCAGUCAUCACAUGGCAGUGACCCAGAUUAGUUUGCCUGAUUCUCUGUACAAAAACAAUUCAUAAUCUUUAAUCUUUCCAGUUUGCUAAAAAAAAUAAAUGUUUUGAAGCUUCAAA